CAUUACUGCACCUAAACCUAACGCAAUAAUGACAGUAGGCAGGACGCAGGCUGCCGGCUCAGCUUCGAACCGUUCCCUGCAUCGUCGGCCAGCGUCGGGCGUAUGCGACCGGCGCUAGGAACGUCGUCAUGGCCCUAGGCAGCUGGAACCGGUGCGGCGGCCGGCCGCCCAUCUUCGAGUACUAUGUCACCGAGUUCCCACUGCCCGAGGAAGGAAACUUCAGGGCGAUAUGCAAAGUUUGCAACACCUCCAUCAGCGCGUCCCGCCGAGCCACAUCGAACCUGAUAUCGCACAUGAAGCGCAAGCACCCUGGCGUGUACCAUGACAAUGGCAGCGCUGGCCGAAUGAUGGAGGUGGCCAGCAUGCCCCAGUUGAUGGGCAGCAGUGGAAGCAGCCAGCUAGGCUCAGUGCAGCAGUACGUAGACCAGCGGCAGCAGCAGGUGACGGACGCACUGGUCAGCCUGCUGGCAGGCAGCCUGCUUGACCCAGGCAUUGUGGACACGCGCGAGUUCCGACGGUUGCUGAGCCUGCUUGACACGAGCUACGAGCCGCCCACGGCAUCGCAGCUGGUCUACGGUCUGCUGCCUGGCCGCCGCUGGGGGCUGCAGCAGCGUGCCAUGCUACUGCUCGAGACGGCUCAGAGCGUCGCCCUCACACAGGAUGUUUGGCUCGGAUCCACAUCCUGCGUGAGUGUGUCAGCACACUUCAUCCUCAACUGGCGCCUGCGCACAGUGUUCCUUGCCGGGCGCUACUUUGUAGAUGCAGACCCUGCUGAAAGCGUGCAGCAGCUGAUGGCUGAAGCACUAGCACAGUACGGACUGGGCGAAAAAGUGGCACAUGCUGCCGUGUACACUGCGGCGAGUGUCGUUCGCAGCUUCCAGACGUGCCUUCCCGGCUUCUCAGCAUGCGAAGAAGGCGCCGCUCUUCCAGGGUCGGAGGGGGCUCUGCCGGGAGCCAGCGACGGGGACUGGAGACCCUUGCCUGGCAACUUGCUGAGCCUGGACUCUAAAGACCUUGGGCCACUUUUUGUAGAUGGUUUGGGCUGCUUUGCAGAAGCAUUGCAGACUUGUGUGGCUGAUGGCCUGCAUGAUGACCUUCAUCUAGAGGCAGCAGUUAACAAGGUCAGUGGACUCGUUGAGUUGGCUCGAGGCCUGCCACAAGGAACUUUGGACUCAGUCCGCCAAGCUGUUGAAUCCGGCUGCUCCACCUGGCACGGGCAGCUGCGGGUGGUUCGGGCCACUGCUGCAUCACCCCUCGAAAUGCUGCAGGGCGCUGCACCUGCCCUGGGCUUCACACCCGACGACCUCGAGACCCUCCGGGAGCUCUCCGAGCUAAUGGAGCCCUUCGAGGAGGCCUUUCACCUCAGCCGUGGUGAAGGCCGUGUGACGGCAAGUUAUGUUGUGCCUUGCAUCCGCGGGCUGCGCGCCCACCUCGAAGCAGCCCGACCUUUUCGGCUGGUAUCGGCCGCAGGCCGGCUCGUCGCGGCAUUGACCACUCACCUAGCUAAGUUCGAAGGGAGCGAGACCUUUGUACUGUGCUCCAUGUUAGAUCCCCGGUUCAAGCUCCGCUGGUGCGCACAAGAGGGAGAGGAACGGCAGAGGUUAGCAGCACUGCUGAGCACCAAGGUGCAGGAGGCUGAUGGAGAUCGAGACACAACAUCGCCGCCCGAGUGCGAUGAGCCCCCAUGUGAGCGUCGCCAAAGCAAGUUGUUCCGCUACAUGAGCCCGGGGGGAGGGUCCUCCACUGAAGGACCUCAGCACCAAGCUGCUCCGCAGUGCUGGGAGGUGAGCAGCUACCUGGCAACGCCGUGCUUGCCCGAGACCGGGUGCCCCCUUGACUUUUGGCGCCAGCACCAGGGUCAGUACCCAAAGCUGGCUCAGCUGGCCUCUCGGCUGCUGAGCGUGCCAGCCACAGCAGCUCACAUUCUCCGCAUGUGCCGUGUGGGUGGCAAGGUUGCCAACCCCGCUGACUUCCGGCUUAAUGGAGUCACAUUUGAAAACCUGAUGUUUAUCAAAUGCAACCAGGGUCUCAGGUAGUCGAACCCAUCAUUGCUGUUUUUGAGUGCACCAUUGCUUGAAACCGGUGUAUGCCAAGUAUUGGUGUCUGGCAUCCAUGUUAUCGACUGCAGUCCAAGAUCCAGUCAUUAUUUCACAGUCCACUUGGCCUGCUUUCAUUUCGGUGCUGAGCCAAUGGGAGUGAUAGAGCUAUGUCAACUGCGUGAGUCCUGUGGUUGGUCUUCAUAUGCAAGGUAGAGAUAAAAGUUGUAUAUGUUUACAGUGGGAAAUGCAUUAUUUUAUACAUCGCUUUGAUGCACAUGUGGGUUGAUAGGAGGUGAAGUGCAGUGUUUAGGCCCUUGUCUUUUAUUGGGACGUUACACUGAUGAUUCCGAACAUUACAAAGCCAUGUUUGCAGUGUGGUUAUUGAGCAUAAACACAGGACAUUACGACAGCCUUGUGUAUCAGGUCCUGCUAGCCUUCCUAUGUGUCCUUUCAGUGCUAAGAUUUUAUUUGCCCAACCGUUUCAGCCGACUGCAAAUGGCAUUCCUAGCAACACUGCACUGUAGCAGCAGUUAUAUGGCUUGUACAGUGCCUCUUUCUGAAUGCACGCCUUUCUCUUUGUGGCCUAGCAGCUGUCGCCUCUCCUUCUUUCCUGUCAUGCUAGUCUUGAACAGUGCUCCUCUGCCUUCCUCACUCGCAAGUUGUGCAUUGCAUGAGCCAUGAACUGCUGUCACGACAAGUGUCUUAAGAGAGUAGCUAAGUACCUACUCCACAAGGUAGCAGACCAGCAAUUUAGUACAAGCGGCUGCUCACAAAACGGCAAUGCACUAAAUUCCGCUAGCCUAUUCUUUCCAAAAGAUAGUUUCCGAGAGGUUCCAAUAUUGAAAGUACCAUACUUCCUGGACUAGUGUCAGCACCUAUUGUGCUAUGCGCCUGCAGAAGCCAAUUUUAACUUGAAAGCAAAAAUGCUUUUUAACCCUUUAAUGCCUGAAUUAUGGAACUACUGAAGAAAAAUAAAAAUUGUUUUCAUUUUCCAGCUUUAGAUAGCACCCUUAAAAUGAUUCCACAGUUAUCUAAAAUGCACCUUAAAUGUGUACUUUUAUGUAUGUCGCAAAUUCACCACAUGCCACAAAAGCGAGGACCUUGCAAUGAAAAAUAUACUUCAAAACUACGCAACAUGUAGUGUGUACCACAUCUUGAGAGCGUACACACCAAAUAAACAAAAUAAACUCUGAAGCGCAGGUUAAAAAUACAUGAUAGAAAACUCCCCUCAAGGUAAAACUGUAUUUUGACAUCAUUUUACUACAUUCCUCAGACGUGGUGCUAAAACUAUGAAGAUAAAACUUGUGUCAGCCAGGCGAAAAAGAACAGAGAAGUGAGCGUGCUUGCACAAGCACACGAGCGUGCUUGCACAGAGAAGUGCUCGCGCUCUCGGCCAUCAGCUACAAAACAAUUGAGUUUAGCAUAAAAUACAUUACACGAGACAGAGCUAGAUUUUUUAUGCUGAAAGCUACAUUCCCCGGGUGUAAUUGACAGCCCGCAAUAAAGACGGCACGCAUUCCCUGACUUGCUUGCUCGAAGUUUUUGGGUAUGUUGCAAAUUCGCGACACUAGGCAGUAAGGAGAGCUUUCGACUUCAAAUUGUUUCUUCUACCUCAUUUGGAACCAGUACACAGUAGGCUAGCAAAAAUGAAUGUGUCCAUCUUUUUUGCUUGGCUGCAUAUAUGUUGGUCGUGAAGCCUCUUAGAACCGCUAUCACUGAGGCUCUUAAAGUCAAAAGGCAAGCCUAUCAGAUUUUUGGGCUCGCCAAUCGAGGCAUUCAAAAGCAGCCAGCCUAACUUUCUCAGCCAGCAUUCAGCUUCAAGUCACCUGUUAUAAGUACAAGCUGGUAACGUUGCUUGUGAGCAGCAGCAAUUAUUGCAGAGCUGAUUUUGUCAUGCGAUUAUUAUUGGAAAACUUUUCAUUGUUUAUGCCUGCACAGCCCAGGAAGUAUGGUGCUAUUUGCCUCGUUUGUAGCAUUGCAAUAAUUAGCUAACAUAACUAGCUGUCGCAGCCGCACAAAUUGCCAUUGUAUUUUCUGGGUUGUCACCACCUUCCCCAGUAAUGGUUUUCUGAUGCCCAACUCGUAGGUUUUAAUGUUUACUUGUUGAUUCUUCUUGGUGCUUUUCGUUAUUGCCAUUGCACUACGAUUAAUGCUUUCUCUCGACAGUCAAUUAGAGGGAACAAGUGGGCUUGCAAAGAGAAGAGGAGGAGGCUGAUUUUCGUUGAGAUUUCUUGGACUUCCAGAGAGGUGGAUAGCUCUCCUUCUUCGCAUGUGUAUUUGGGACCCUGUGAAUAUUGUGCUGGGAUUUUUACUUCGAAGAAAGAUGAUGACGAUGAGACGUGAGUUGGGUGAAAGAGUAUCAAGUGCCACAAGCUUUUGCAGUGAUGCGAGAAGCACAGCGCUGUUAUGAGCUUCCCUAUGAAACCGAUGCCAAAGGCAACUGAUGCAAGAAACCGAAUGCAUUCAUAAGUAUAUUGCGAGAUGUGAAGGUUGCGCCUUUUUAUGCAUGCCUUUCUUUUUUCCUCCCAAAGUCAGUAUUGAAACUACAUGUAUAAGUGCGCAAUGCACCAUGUGGCGGCACUCUUGUACAUAUAGAGACACACGGGGAAAAUGAAUCUGCUGCCUAAAAACAGCAUGUUCGGCUUCAGUCGUACUACAGCCACCAGAAAACUACUUGAUAUAAGCAUGCAUUUCAAGUGAUUUCAGAGAUCAAAGAGAGAGAGGAAGAAAACAUUUGUGCAGCUGUUUUGCAAACUUUUCUUGCCAGGAAACAUUGACCAAGCUUGAUUGACGUCGGACAAAAAAAAAAAACAUAUCCUGGACCGAGUCUUCGUGCAGCACAGUGUAAUGCCUCUGUUGAUUGCAAUGUACAGUAAUAUCUCAGUAAACGGAAAUCUGUUAAACGGAACUACUGGUUAAACGGAACUAUUGCCUUUGCAAUGCUUGGUUACGAGCUUGUAUUCUGCACCCAUGUUCAUCGCUCAGUAAAUGGAACAUAUUUUUGCGGUUCCUUCAGGUUCCGUUUACUGUAUGUUCAUUAACGAUUGCGUGCACGCUGGCUGUGAGAUUAGCUGUAAGAUUGAGUUUUUGAACAUGAGGGCUCGGGUUUAAUUCGUGGCCACAUCAGUCGAUGCAAGAACGUCUGAGUAUUCAGACCUUAUGUUCACGCAAGCAAACUCUUACAAAAUGUUGUAAUCCGCGAUUUCACGUCGUUUGGCGGUGUUUCAUGAUGUUUGCAUGAUCUUUCGAUCCCAAGUCCCAUACCACAACAUGCCUCAUUAUCAUAUCAUGACUUGUGCACAGGAUAUUUCAGAGUUCAUGGUAUAUUUCUCAAACGCAAAUUACACCACUUUGACAGGUUAUAUGAAUAUACAUUAUUAUAAAAAUGUAUUUCUCAUCCAAAAAUUUUUAAAAUUACUUUGUGCCACUUGCUAAGCUAGAACCGCACAAUACGAAACACACAAGAAACCCUGAAGUAUGGAAGGUACCUUGGUCCCAGAAUAACUACAGCUUGCAAUCACUAACUAGUAAUAUUUGAACCAUAGUCAACUGGUACAAACACACAACCGCCAUAAAUAAAAAACAUCUGCACGACUACUUUUUAUCUUUAUAAGAUAAAACUCAUUACCCUGUAUUCUUGUACGAAGUGUCAUUGUUACAUUUUAUGCGUACGUGUGAUGUGUGGUGAUCUCUGUGUAUAAUGCUUUCGAUGCGAAUGCUAUGUAAGAACACUUGGUGACAUGCGUCACAUAUGUGCAAUGGCCAUUUAAGGGACUCCGGGCCUUCGUCAAGCUGUUGUGACAGCUUUUCGCCCAGGUCUCCUCUAGAUUGUUUUUCUGGUAAAUAAAUUGAAAUUGGAUUGAAAUAACAACAGCUGAAACGAGGGAUAAUAUAAAUCUGCAAGGCCAGCUGACUCCGCUUGUGAGUUGUCGCCGCUGAGCUGAUCAAGAUAGUGUAUUUUAGUGCUGGUUGGUUUGAAAGCCCUCUGAAAUUAUUCGCAAAAGGAAUGAGCUCUCCGGUGGCUGUUGUGCGGGUGAAGCUGUUAGAUGGUAUCAAAGAUGCAUCUCUUACUAUUGUCACGUCAUUUAUCACAUCCUGUAAAUAGCACACCAGCGUAUGCAUCGAUCACCCCCCCCCCCAGGAAACUCUUUUAAUGCACAACUGUGCCGUUUUUAAGAUUCAUUGAUUGAACUCUUUGUUUCGUGUGUUGUGACCCUGGUGGCAUGUUGCAAGUUGUCAGUUUUUUUUUUCCCUUUUUUUUCUCUCCUCACUACUAUGAUAGCACCUUCAAAUGUCUCUUGGAGAUUUUUGUCUAGAUGAGCCGCAUCACAGCUGAAAACAAAUCUAUCUGCAGGGUAGUUGCGGAUAACAAACAAAGGAGCUUUGGUUGUAAGAAAAUGCUGUAUGUUACAGUGUGUGUGCUACAUCCUAAAUUUCACAGUUUUUCUCUUGAUUUGCCAAUUUUUCUUAUCAACAGCUUGUGUUCUAAUUCUGCUGCUUUCUCUAUCAAAAUAUCAAUGCUAUACAUAUAUGCGUAUUUCUCUACUUCACAAAAAGUAAACGUAGAUUGUGUAACGCUGCCAAAUGGAAAUGGUUUGCUUCUUUGUAGUGAAGGAAAACCGGCACGCUUUAAAGGAACAAGUGUUAUCACUGCAGUCAUGACACUGUGCUCAUAUAUCACUUAUGCCUACAUUGAGUUUGAUAUUAAUUGCGGAUCUAAUUUGGAAGUCAUAAAACAUUAAUAGAAGCUAGGCUAAUAUUUCUAUAUCACCUAAGUGCGCAAUUGGUGUUUAAAAAUAUAGAAUCGUGGGAUCGUCCUCACCAAACAGAAAAAUCUUAGUACCACACCUAACUCUUCAUGACAUGAUCUCUCGUUCGGAAAUUAAGACAAAUAAAAGCUCCAAAUCGUGAGUAUUUGUAUUUUUGGUAAUGGUUCUAACUGAUAGAUGCCAGCUGAAGCAUUUCCGGUAACCUGGUCUCACAGCUUAAAAAGCCGGCUACAACAAAGCAAUGUUUGUGAAGACACAGGACUUGCAGUUUAACUCCACCUCCACCCCCCCCCCCCCCCUUUUUUUAUGAUUUAUUGACCAAUAUGAAAAGCUUUUUGCACAGCUCAGAAUUUGGUCAGAAUCGGGUUUGACAUUUAAGUACUGCACUAGUUGCACGUAAAAGCGGACAGCAUACUAUUGACCGAGACUAUUGUUUUCAUGCACACGCCAAAAAGAAAUAAACUUUUCAAGAAUUGGGCUAAAAUUUCUUUUCAGGCUUAGUGCCUCGUGACUAGCCCUCAUUUUCUUUCAUUUGUUGGUGCCACCAUAACUCUUGUCCACUUGCUCUUAGAAAAGUCUGCCUGUAGUAGUGCCACCUUCAUUCUGAAGAGAAAAAACUUUCACUCCCUAGCAAAUGGGUGCAGCUUGAAGUACCGGCCCUUUAGUUACGCAAACUAGCUGUAUUCAUGCUUGAAAAAAAUAGUGCGCUGAGGUGCAUCGCCUCAGCCACCUGCAGCUGAUGGUGACAGAACGAAGGGACCCAUGCUUUUGUUUCCUAUCACAGCACUUGGCAAUAAAAACAUAAACAAUCAGAGGGGAAGAGAGAUACAAAAGACCCUUUGGAUCCCCAAGACAGGUGCCAUAAUUCAGACUGAAUGCCUGCGCACACUUGUUUAUAUUGCGUUCGGUGGUAAAAAGAGCCUAAACUGAGAAUCUGUCAUUAAAGUCAGGACACUUGGAAAUAAUGAUUGUUCGUUUUCAAAAGAUUGUGUCUUUUGUUGUCUUACGCUUGUGAUUCUUCAGAUUCGGUUUUGUUAUUGUUGUUGUUGUUGUUUUUCAACAUUUGCCUCUUUUGUAGCUGCAGAGGGAAUGUUUUGAUAUCAAGAGCUUCGACUGUGGGCAUUUUCAGAGAGAUCAAAAGGCUGUAUUAAGCACAUACGUUCAUUAGAAGAUGGGAAAUUUGUUAUGCCGACAUUGCGUCAAGACUUCCUUGGGCAUCAAUCCUCAUUCAGUGCUCUGAUUGAAAUGUCAGCCUGACGAAUUUAAGGAAUAGCUGUAUUUGUCGCCUGUCAUCUUUCGUACCAUUUGUAGCAGUUUCUUUAGGCUUGCUGGGGGCGUAUUGAAAUUCAAAUUUUUUUUCUCCCUCUCUCCUUUUGUCAGCUGGAUCAUUGGGUGCAUGUUUUUUCACUUCUGUGGACUACUUGACAUGGCUAAAUAUUUGUCUGAAGCCCCUUUGUCAAGAACAAGAAGAGCAACGAAAUAGCUAUUGCAGUCAUUCCUUAGUGUGAGGGCAAAUGUUUCUGUGAUGACCGAUUUUCAAUAUCUUACCUAAGUAUUCUUGUAACACAUCUAGGCAUCUACCAAGAGGAUGCAUGGAAAUUUAAUUUUUUCGAGUAAAGCAUGCUAAUCUUCAAUUGUAAUUUUUAAAAGUUAUUUCGGGCUUUUUCUUCAUCUUCAAUGAUCGAUAUGAGGGCUAAUUUAAUGUGUACUUAUUGAUCUAACCAUUUGUUAACCUAAGUUUACUUGGCUAUGCUGCCUUUCAUAUGCUGGAUGAAUUCCCAAAGAAGAAGUAGGUGUUUGGGCAGUAUACCAAUACGUAUUACAGACAAAAGAUUUUCAAGAGCAUUUUGUUGAGAAGCUUUAUGACAGUGGGCUACUAAGUCACCAUAUGCCAGAAGGUAGCAAGCAGUCUUAAUCUGAUGCCUUCAUUUAACAGUCUGUAUGACCACUUUCUGCAAGGUGUUGGUCAUGCAUGUAAAAAAUGGUAUCAAAGCUAUAGGAAAUAUCGAAGCCAUUAGUCAUCGUUAUCGUAGUAGUGCUCCACGUGUGAAUUUGUGCCACCUUGAUAUUAGCUGUACUAAGUCCUGCCAUGUUGCAGGUUUUCUUGAUAUAAGUGCAACUUAUGUCCAAAAUUCUGCCAAACAGAGGGGUACACAUGCAACACAUUUGUGUUGAUUUUUAACGUUCACUAUCAGAAUAUACUUUUUUAACCAUUCCACGAUGCAAGCUUCAAUACAGCUGCAGGUACCAGCAAAGCUUAGCUUCACAGAGACUUCGCCGGAAUGGACAAAGUUUUGCGAGGGAAGCAGGGAUAAAACGUCAUUUUCACAGCACCAGAAAACUUGCGCUUUGUAUUCGAGUAGAAAAGCAAACCUGUGUAGUCUACUUCUCAGCUAACAUUGCAGCCUACUUUUAAGUGCUUUUGCAAUGAAUCAUUUGGACUUGAAACUAGUGAGAUCACUCGUUUCAAGCUGGGCUUGAUCAAAUCAAAAUCGGCAAACACUGUAUUUGAUUCCUGGAGCUUAGAAUUGUCAUCCUGAUUUUCGUUCAUGCCUACACAACGAGUUAUACUCAAACCUCGAUAUAACGAGACAUUGGUUAUAAUGAAGUAAACAAAAAAUGUUAUUGCACUAGAUAUAGUGUUAGGAACAACCCUUUAUAACAAAUUUUUGGAUAGAACUGACUUUUCAUAUAAGGUGCAACUUUGUUAUAACGAGGUUUGAGAGUACAACAUACAACUGGCUGGCCACUCUCUAGGGGUUACAACAACCUGGCCGUAACAAGUACACCAUGUGACUAGAACUCAUGAUUUGCACAUGUGGGAAUUGCUUGGAUGUGAAGCUGCAUUUCCUGUAAAACGCUUUAUUACCGCACCACAUUUUUGUUUUUAUGUGUGCUUGAGGCUCAUUGACAAUGCGCGAUGCUCCCACUUCUUCAUGUGUUUGUACUGUUUUCCACUACGUGUGUGUGUGUGUGUCUGCAAGUGUUCAAGGAACACUUGUUUUAUUUAUUUGCAUUGUAAGCCAUAUAUACUCAGCACAUGGUGAUGACAUGUCUGUCGGUGAGCAGCCUGCAACCCUUUUGUUGUGGGCUGCAUGCGAAUUGUGUGCUGCUGGAUAGCGUGUCUAUUCUGAGCAGGCAUUUGUGAUCGAGUCUUUUUGCUUUGCCAGUGCACUUGAGUCUCUUGUACAUUUUUUACAUAUACACAUGCAAAAGAAGGUGUGUCAUUAGAGUCUGACUCAUGACAAAUAAAAGACGAAAAGAUUUGACCUUGA